AUGUUAAAUAAUGCUAUAAUAAUAGACACUAAAACUAUUAACGAUGUCGCUGCAGAAAUUGCAAAUAAAGAAUUCGGGAAUAAAUCUACAACCGUUAUUUGGUGGAAAACUGACUCACAAAAUAUUGAUAUAUUCAAUAAGGCCUACAAUGGCCUUGUAGUUACAACUUAUCUAAAACAUAUUAAUAUCGGAUACAAUGAUGCACUGCUUAGUGAUGCUACUUUGAACGAUCAAGUUGUUAUAUACGUAACAAACGAAAAUGAAUUCAGUGUAAUCCUAACGGUUAUAAAUAAAAUACGCGUAAAAACAAUUCGUGUCAUAUUAGUUAUUCUGGAAACAAUUGAUGAUAAUAUCAAAAUGACAGAGUUUACAAGAACUGCGUGGGACAAUGAUGUUGCAGAUAUCAUAGUUAUCAGUGCAAAUUUGAAAAAAGAAAUAGUUUUGAACACUUUCAUACCUUAUUCUGAUGGACGUUGUGGAGACUAUACACCCGUAGCAUUAAGCGCAAGCCAACCUAAGUUAUUCAGCAAUAAAUUUCAUAAUUUUCAUAAAUGUCCUAUAAGAAUGAGAGCAUUCGUUUUGCCGCCCUACGUUAUGUACGAAAACCGAAGUGACCCAAAUACUGUGAGAGGGUUUGACACUGAUGUUAUGAAGUUUAUAUUAGAAAAACUGAAUGCAACUAUUAUAGUUGUCUCUGAUGAAAAAGUUAACAAUACAAUUUUUAAUUUCGCGAAUUUAUCACUAUCAGAAAACUUAGGAGACUUAACAAAUAACCUUGCUGACGUUGCAGUGCCGCCUUUCAUCAUUACUAAUAGAAGGUACGCAGUUGCUCAGGCGUUUUAUGCAUGCUACAAUAUACCAGUUAUUUGGUGUGCACCAAGACAACGAGAAAUUUAUGCUUGGGCCAAAGUAAUUUUACCGUUUUUAUCUCGUAUAUCGCCUCUUAUAGUCCUAUCAUUUGUGGCGUUUUUGUCCAGUGUGAAAUUAAUUCAAAGAUUUGGAAGAUUUAGAAAAGAAACAAAGGGCUUGCUAUUGGCCAGCUUUGCAUUAUACAUGGGUCAGGGAGUAAUAUUUGAGACACAAUACUGGCUGAAUAAUGUAGUAUUUAUGAUGUGGAUAUGGUAUUGCACUAUUAUGCGUAUUGUAUAUCAAGGAGAUCUGAUUGAUGGCUUGCAUAAUGUUAUUUUAGAACCACCCUUAAGAACUUUAAAUGACGCCCUACAAGCACUUGAUGAAGUCGUGGGCCUGCUACCUGUCGUAGAUUUAUAUAGGAACACGUCCAUCGUCGAACGGUUUAAGCCAGUGCUUAAUAAAGAAAUACCUCUUUAUGUUAAAAAGAUUGCUAAUGGUGAAAGAAUUCUGCUAGCAGUAAAUAAGAUUUUAGUAUCAUACACUAAAUAUAAGGUACAAAUAUUAGAAGAAAAUGUUAGCAGUUUCAAGGUUUACUUCUUUGUAAGACCACGAUGGGGAGCUCUUGAAGAAUUACAUCAUACCAUGAUUCGGAUAACCGAAGUAGGUUUUCAAUGGCAAAUUUACCAAGUAUAUAUAAACGAAUGGUUGAGGGGUGGCGGUCGUGAAUAUUAUACUGUAGAAAAAAGUACUGCAUUGAAUAUGGCCAUAUUGAUUUCUUGUUUCUAUGGAUUGGUAGCUUUAUAUGUGGUUUGUAUCCUUAUAUUUUGUUUAGAAAUUGUAUGGUUUAAGAUAUCAAAGAAACGGUAA